GGUCUCCAACCCCUAAUUUCCUCCCAAACUUCGUGUCUCACACCAUCACACGCUUUCCCUCUCUCUUCUACUCUAUAUAAACACACUCACACACCACUCUUCCACAUCUCACUUUCCAAUUUCCCUCAUGGAGUUUCAAAAACCUCUAUGGCUAUUCUUGCUUCUCCUCACUCUCCUCUCAAGCUCCCAAGCCAACAAAUUCAACGUUGGUGGAAGCAAAGGGUGGGUUCCAAACCCUUCCGAGAGUUACAACAAUUGGGCUGGAAGAAACCGAUUCCAAAUCAAUGACACAAUAGUUUUCAAGUACAAUAAGGGUUCGGAUUCGGUGUUGGAAGUGAAGAAGGAAGAUUACGACAAGUGCAACAAGACCAACCCAAUCAAAAAGUUUGAAAACGGUGACACUGAAUUCAAGUUUGAUCGAUCAGGACCAUUCUACUUCAUUAGUGGAAAAGAUGGGAACUGUGAAAAGGGUCAAAAAUUAAUCGUUGUUGUUUUGACCCCAAGAACACCACCAACACCAAAAACACCACCGUUUCCAAAAACUUCACCUUCACCUUCACCUUCACAAUCUCCAAAGGCAAACCCACCAACCGUAUCGCCGCCGUUACCGUCACCGUCACCAUCGGUUCAACCUCCUUCAACAUCCCCAUCUCCGGCGAGUUCUCCUGUGCCGGCCGUCGGACAUCCGGCAGUAUCUCCGUCGCCGGAGUCAUUUACUCCGGCGAUAUCUCCGGUGAACUCUACUCCGACACCGGCACCGGAGACGGGGACUCCACCGCCAUCUCUUGGUCCUUCAUCAUCUUCACCACCGUCUCCGGGUCCUUCAUCAUCUUCACCGCCGUCUCCGGGUCCUUCAUCAUCUUCACCGCCGCCGGCGGGGCCAACUUCACCGCCGUCGUUAGCACCGUCGUCUAAUUCAACUGCGCCGUCACCGAAGAACAGUGGAUUUUCUGUGGCUCCUUCAAGCGUUUUGAUGUAUUGUGUUACAAUUGUUGCUGGUGCUGCGUUGUUGCGUUAUUGAACAAACAUUUUGGGUUGAAAUUGAGACAUACUUUAGUGACAUGCUUCGUGCUAGAACGUUCUUGUUGGGACACAUGUGGUGAUCAUUUAGGAUUUGAUCGUUGUUGUUUUUAAUUUUUACUUCGAUUUGCAUAUGAAUUAUUUGUUAAUAGCAUGAUUUUGUAAUCGUGAGGAUUUCGUUGGAAUUUUACUCUCAGAUGCGAUUUUAAUGUGGCUCGAUUAUGUGAAUUUAGUUUUCGGUAUCA